AUGGAUCCUCUAUGGAGCCCUGCAGGCACGCCCACUCCGCCGAAUCCGCGUGCCCGGACGCGGCGCGCACAAUCCACACACAACAUAGCGCGAACGCCGCCCGUUCGCGCGCGUAUUGACGCGACAAAGAUACACCCCGCAAGUACGGGGCGUCCUUCACCGCUAGGGCUCGACACAGCUCGCACGCCGCCGUCGGGGAGCGCGUCGAGCAGUCCCGCAGCGGCUGCGCCGCUGCUCCCAUCAGCGCGUCCCAACGCAAACGCGCGUCAAACGCCGUACAGCGGCCCCGUACGGGUCGUCGGUAUGCGGCGCGCGGCAUCGGAGACGCCGCCCAGCGCACAGACGUCGCUUGGACUCGGUGCGCGUGUCAUGACUCCCGCCCAAGCUGCGCAUGCACACCCGCUGCGCCACAAAAGCAGCAAGCACUUUUCCGCACCCGUGCCGCAGAAAACCGCGCGUGUUCCCAAUGUGGGCACGCAGAUAUACCGCGCGACGCCGCCCAGCAUGGAUGCACAGCAUGGCGAGCGUAUCGCCCGCAUUCUGUCCCCGCCAUCGCCUUCGACAGAGGUGCGCAGGGCGGCGUCGCCGCAAACGUCACCGACCGCGUCGAGCGCGGGCAAAGACGAGGCGGAACUCGAUGCGUGGGAUGCGAAGCACGAGCGCAAAAUGCUUGAUCUUGAGAUCUCCAACAAGAGCCUGCUUUCUGUGAAUGCAACGCUUGAAGCGACCAAGAUCAAGCAGACAAAAGAGCUCAAGGCGCUGCGGCAGCAGCUCGUGCUGAAUAGGCUCGAGGCCGACUCGGAUGCAAAUGGCUCGCCGCUGCUGGAAGAAAACAUGUUCCCGGGUCUAUUCUCUAUGGAUAUGAUACGCAAUGACGACGGGCUGCCGGCGCAGGUUAUGCGUGCGAUGUCGAGACAGGACGUCGAGCUGAACGAGGUCUUGUCGCGGUGCCGCGUCUCGAUCGAUGCGCUAAUCAACGAAGCGCGCGCAGCGAUGGUCUCGCGGCCAGACGCAGCGGGGCGAACGGUAUUGCAUCCGUCCGAGUAUGAAAAGGAAGAGCACGAAGAUAUGCACACACAGCCGCACAAUAGUUUGGAAGCGGCCCUGAUAUUACUGUAG